AUGUCUAGCCCAGGUUCUUUCCAGCAAGGGCAACUUCCCUCUCCCGGACUGUCAAUCAACCUAUCCUCAAACAACCCUUUCCGCAACCGCGCAGCAUCUCCUGCAAGCCUGGAGGCCGCUUUUGCGUCGCCAACAUCUACCUCGCCCUUCGAUGAUCCUACUCCGCGACAGAGACCAAUAUCGCGAAAUCCAUUCCUUGACCAAUCUCAGCAACCACUGAAGUCUCCUAGUGCGCUUUCUAGCAAGUCGGAACACAAGUCGCUGUCUGCCGAAGAAAUUUUCGAUUCACUGACACUCGACGAUAAUAUGGCCAACGACAAGCUACCCCCAGCUCUGACGGCUCAGCGACGUCCAUCGGACCAACCCAUCGUCCCCCGCACUGGAACACAGCAGCAGCCUAGUAACAAGCAUCGACCUACCAAGUCGCAGGAGGAAGCUCUGAGGGCAAAGAAACCAGGGCCAGCCCCAGGUCCUCGGCCAGAGGCAGCGCAAGCAUCGCGGUCCCCACAGAGAAAGCCAUUUCGGCGACCACGACGAAACUCAGACUCAUCCGUAAUGGAUUUCAAUGCUCAGCCCAUUACAGCAGAAGAGAUGAAAAUCAUUGAAGAGCAUCGUAUGCGAGAUCGACAACGUCGCGAAAAGGCCCUUCGUGAAAAAGCUGCCCGUGAUAAAGAGGGCCGCGAGAAGGAGGAUCGUGAGGGUCGUGAGGGCCGUGAGGGCCGGGAACCUCGUGACAAGGAGCGAGAAGGUAAAGGACGAAGCAAAUCUGGUCGACCAAGCCGCCCCAGCCGACGGAUGGACAUUAUCGAUCAGUUGGAUGCAACCAGCAUUUAUGGCACAGGCCUCUUCCACCAUGAUGGCCCGUUUGAUGCAUUGAACCCUCAUCGAAACCGACAAAGCAGCAGGCGUGCGCCGAUGCAAGCCUUUCCUAAAGACUCUCUUAACAACUCGUUGGGUGGUAUGGGUCCUCUUAACCGUAAUCCAGACCAUGCCACGUUCUUGGGCCACGGCACAGAUGAAGCAUUCCGCGACUACUCCAGCGGAGGGAAGAACAAGAAUGGAUACAACUACCCAAACAGCUCUAGUGCAGAGCCAGCGAUUUUUGACCCCAUUGCUCGUGGAACCCUGGUCCACGGAGACGAGAGUUACGGCUUAGGAACAUCUACUUUCCUCGAGGGCACGCCAGCUGCUCGAAGUGCAAUCGCCCGAAGGCAGGCAGAACAGCAGCAAGAAUUUGCUGAAGGCGGCUUGCAACGCAAGAAGUCUCUGGCGCAACGAAUUCGCCACAUCAACAGAGGGCCCAGAGAUAUGCCAUCUGGCAGACUGACAAAUCCCGAUGCGAUUUCCAGCAAACGGUCACCAGAAUCCGUGCCGUUAGCCUCUAGUGUUGGCUCGGAACCUAACCCUUUCUUUGCCGAGUUUAGCAAGGGUGAGGAAAGCAUCAGUGUCAAACCUCGAAAUGGAGCCAAGUCCCCGAACAGCCCUACAGCCAUUCCUCGGCGGUUAUCAGGCUCGGCGCUGGAACGGAGAGCCACGACAGAUGCCACGACGCCUGUGGAAGAUGCCGCUCCUACAAAGCCUAGUGGCAUCCUUGGGCGGAUGAAGAGUUUAAAGGGUGGAAGACGGCCUAAGAACACGGAAACCAACCCUCAGCCAGCUGCUCCUGGGAUGGCAAUGUAG